GAAAUUCAAUGUCCCCCGAUCUAUCAUUAACAAUCGAACGCUGCUGUUGAACGCAAAGAAAAAAAAAGAAAAAUAAAAGAAAAUAAAAGAAGCUUCUGAAUAAAGUGUGAUCAAUGUCAUCUUAAUUAUAUUUUUCAUUUUCUGGUGCAAAGUGUUGUUUAUUCAACAUGAAGUUACUGGUGCUCCUUUUACUGUCACCGGCAAUUUUAGCCCAGAAUUAUCAUCAAACUCGAGAUCCAAAUAAUGAACCUUUUAUGCCAAUUUAUCCAACAUUUCCCUAUAGUCCCAAACUGAUGAAACGAGGAGCAGAGAGAAAUAUCGCAAAUCCAGGAGCACAAGAUUCUUACACACCAAAACAAGAUCUUCGAGAUUCCUAUUCCUCAAGUUUUCCUGGAAAGGAUUCCUAUUAUUCGCCUUAUAAUUCAUUUUCAAAAACACCAGCUUCACCACCAUCAUCUUCAUUUCCUGGCAUCUUUUCCUCGACUCCUUUUGGUGCCAAUUCUUUUGGUUCCUCUCCUUUUGGUGCCACUCCCUUUGGUUCUACUGGUUUUGGUGGAAAUCCUUUCGGAGCAAAUAAUCCCUACAGUUCCCUAAAUUCCUAUGGCAAUGCUUUUCAAAAUUCACCACUUGCACAACCUCCAGUUGCUCCAUUUCCACAAAAUGCAUUUCCCAAUAAUUACUAUCCUCAUCCAGGUUAUUUGCCAAAUUUUUACAAUCAAUAUCCAUUUUUGCCAAAUUAUCCCAACAAAAAGGACGAUGACGAUGAUGAUAGUGAUGAAAGAAAGGGAAAAAAGGGAAAAGGCAAAUACAAGGAUGACAAUGAUGAAGAUACACAAUUUAGAGAUGGUGGUAAUUUUCUCUCCUCGAGCAGCAGAGAUUUAGAUGGACAAUCAUCAACCUACAAAGGAUCAGGUUCAUUUAAAUCGAAUUCAAAUUAUGCCGACAAACAAAAUGGUAUUCCAGGGCAAUCCGCUAAUUUGGAUUACGCUUCAAAUUCUUACGUUAAAUCCCAUCAAUUGGAACAAUUGAUGCGUCAAACGCUAAUUAAAUUACUUGCCCAAAGUGUUGCUCAACAGGUGAGCCAAGCUCAGUAUCCCAAUAUCUACGAGACGAACACUUCUCCUAAUCAAAAUAUAAGAAACAAUGAUUAUACUUCAGCUCCAAGUGGAUUAGCCAAAACUGGAUUAUCCUAUGUGGUGAAUCCUUCAAUCAUUAAUAAACCAUCGAAUCAACAACUUGGCACUGGACAAAUACCAUCGACCCAAUUAAUUACCAAAAGUCCAAGAUUUCCCGAUUCACAAUAUCCAAAAGCACCUGGACUUUUUCUCACACCCCUAAAAACAAAUAGAAAUCCUAUUCCAAUUCCAUCUCCCGAUUAUGGUGACUAUGAGACACAACCAUCGCAAGUAGAUCAAAAUUAUCAGGCAUCAUCCAAUCAGGAGCAGAGAACAAAUUUCAAAAGUAAAAAUCUACCCACACAAACAUCUCAAACAUCAAGUUUUGAAUACUCGAGUUAUCAGCCAACUCCAUCGACCAAAUCAUCCGAACAAAAGGAAUUGGACAAUGUUAGUAUUAAUUUCAGUAAUAAAAAAGAUAAUAAACGAGGAUAAUGUAUACGGUAUAAAUUCUUUUUUCAUAUAGACUGACUUCUGAUAUUAUUUCAGCAAAUGUAGAAAAUUAGAUUCUGUUGUAUACUAAUUAUUGUGAUAGAAUUAUUGAUCUAUUGAAUAAUUAAUUUAAAUUAAAUAAUAUCACUGUAAAAAGAAGUAUAUCUUAUUUUAAAAUGUUUUGAUAUCGUUUUCAAGACAUCAUGUUUUAAAAACACUAUCAACACAUCUUAAAAUAAGAUACUUCUUUUUGCGGUGUUAAAAUUAAUACUUAACAUAAAAAUAGACGAUUAAAAACGUAAUAAUUUAAAUUGUUUACUUUAUUAAGACACUGUUUAUAGAGAUUGUAAAAAAUAUUUUUGAAGAAUAAAAUGAAAUU